AUGGCUCUAUCGUGCCGGUUCUACGAGAAUGAAUUCCCGAGGGAAAGUGAAGUUGUUGUUGCAGUUGUCAAAAGUAUUACCAACAGCGGUAGCUACGUUAAUCUACCGGAAUAUAAUGAUGCUCUCGGAAUGAUCCUCCAUAGUGAAUUAUCGAGGAGGCGUAUUCGAUCUAUUAAUAAACUCGUUCGUGUCGGUCGCAGUGAUAUUGUUAUCGUUAUUCGUGUUGAUCCAGAUAAAGGCUACAUUGAUCUUUCUAAGAGGCAGGUACCUUUUGAGGAAAUAAAGACUUGCUACAGUCGAUUUGCCAAGGCGAAAGCCAUCAAUCAAAUUGUCCGGCAUGUAGCGGAAAAGCUGGGUUACAAAGAAAAUAGUCAAUUCGAAGAUUUAUGCGCGAAAACUGUUUGGUACUUUGAUAGAAAGUAUGCAAAUCAAGGCGGUUCUCAUGAGGCAUUUAAGCGGGCUGUUCAUGAUCCUGCAGUUUUGGAUGAGUGCGAUAUUGAUGAUGUUACUAAGGAAAUGCUUUUGCAAGAUAUUCGUCAUAAGCUAAUGCCCGUUGCUGCGAAAAUUCGUGCUGAUUUUGAAGUGUCCUGCUUUGCCUACGAAGGUAUUGAUGCUGUAAGGCGUGCCCUUAAAGUUGGCUUGGAUUUCAGUACUGAGAAGUUUGCCUUCAAUAUUAACUUGAUUGCUCCUCCUGAGUAUGUGAUGACAACUCAAACUCUUGAUAUUGCUGAGGGUAUCGCGAGAAUGGAAUUGGCGAUCGAAGCGAUUGAGAAAUCGAUCAAUGAACAGGAUGGUUUCUUCAAACUAAAAGUUAAGAUACCUCUAAUUGCUUUUGGUUUUGAUCCUGUCGGGGAUUCAAAAUAG